GAGAGAGAGAGAUUCACAAAAAAAAAGAUUAAGAUGAAGAUGGAAUGAUUUCACCAAUCAAGUAAAGAAUGCGAGUUAAAGAAAUAAGAAAAUAGGAAAUAAGUGCAUAUAUAUAUAGAGAGAUUCAGAAAAUUACAAAAAGUAUGUUCAGUUGGAAUGAUUUCACCAAUCAAGUAAAGAAUGCGAGUUAAAGAAAUACGAAAAUAGGAAAUAAGAAUUGUAUGAAGCAUAGAAGAAUUAGAACACCUCUACACCUCUACCGCUCGAUCCGUGCUAGUGUUUGUGUCUGCCGGACUGCUGCCGUCGGCCGGGUGCUAAUUGAGAAUAAUAGCAGAAGGGGCUCUACGGGAAGACCUAAAAGAAUAUUGGAAGCUUUCACAAUAAUUGUCGUCUGCUCCAUCAAGAUUACCCGUCGAUUGAUGUUUUCACGGCCAUUGGUUUGAGAAUUGAAUUUAAUCACAAUUUACAUUGAGGAUGCAUAUCUAUAUAUAUAAAUAUAUUAAUUGACUUAAGUGUGUUUCCCACUCAUGACCAUGGGCAUUUUUGUAAACGCUGGCGUCUACCUUUGAAGCCUUCUCGAUGCUAGGCUUUUCUGCUCAGAACCUCUUCAUUUUCUAACUCUUCCCUACUCAACCUGGACUCUUGAUAAGAGCUCUAUGAGGUUUCCAACGAUUUCAGCGACAUCAACUCGGAGAGUCCAUCAUCACCAAUCUUCUCAAUAUUGGCUCCUUCCUAUGUGAGUUACGGGCCGCCUGGCAGCCCUCAACUGCUUCCUAUCCAAAUCGGCGGAGAAGUCUUUACCCUUCUUCCAGAUCAUGAGGAAGACCGCCGGUUUCCAAUGGACUUCAGACUGCAAGGAGGCCUUCGACGAACUAAAACGGUAUUUAUCUUCACCCCCUGUGCUCUCCAAACCCAAGGUAGGGGAAACUCUGUACCUUUACCUUGGCGUCAGCCCGGCUGCCAUCAGCUCAGUGCUCAUCCGGGAGGAAGAUGGCGUCCAAAAUGCCAUCUUCUAUGUUAGCAAGACCCUCAAGGAGGCCGAACUCAAGUACUCUCCUGUGGAAAAAAUGGUGCUGGCCAUUGUCUGGACCGUCAAAAAGCUUGGCCACUACUUUCAGGCUCAUCCGGUCCAAGUGCUCACACAUCAACCCCUCGACGCCCUUAUGAGGAGCCCCACCAGCUCCUCUAGAAUGGUAAAAUGGGCCAUCUUCCUCAGCCAAUAUAACAUUGACAUCCGUCCGAGGCCUUCCAUAAAGGGCCAAGCCCUGGCGGACUUCGUAACGGAGUGCACGGCCAGAUAAGCAGUAGAUGAGGAGCCCUCGGCACCUUCAGACGAGUGGUGGACCCUCUAUACCGAUGGCUCCUCAGCCACCAAAGCAUGCGAGGGAGGAGUAGUUCUCAUUACUCCCAAAGGCUUCCGGGCCUACUAUGUCAUCCGCUUCUCCUUCAAAGUCUCCAAUAACGAAGAGGAAUAUGAAGCCCUCCUCUGUGGCCUUCGGCUGGCAGCGAAUAUGAAGGUCAGAAUGAUCCACGUCAAGUGUGACUCCAAGCUUGUCGUGGGCCAAAUCUCUGGGGAGUACGAGGCCAAGGAAGGGAGGAUGAAACAAUACAGGGAGGCGGCUAAAGAAUUGCUCAAGGUAUUUGAGGCACAUUCUCUCACCCAAAUACUGAGGACUCAAAAUUAUGAGGCCGAUAUUUUAUCAAAACUCUCGGAUGAAUCCCCCGAGCACCUCUCUAAAAUCGCAAGGAUAGAAGAACUUAGACUCUCGAGCAUACACGCCAGCCCCAUCAUGAACAUCCAUCAAAGGCAAGAGGACUGGAUCUCGGACAUCAUCGCCUUCAUCACCACAGGGCAACUACCCGAGGAUGAAGCCCGCGCCAAACUAGCAAAGCUGAGGGCUCCUAGCUACACCAUCGAAGACGGAAGGCUCUACUGAUAUGCACUAAUUAGUAGUGCAUAAAUGUAUAUUUUUAUGAUUGAUUUGUGUGUAUUGUUUACCGUUUUAUUUAGUUUGUAAACAUUUGUGUGAAUUUAGUUGUAAUUGUAUUUUAAUCUUCAUUUAUUAGUUGUAAAGUAGAAUUAGGAAUUAUGGUGUUGGAAAGAAAGACUUUGAAGAGAAGAAAACAAGAAAUUUGACUGCCCAGGAGUAAAACCCGACCGGGUAGAAACCCCCACCCGGUCGGGUAUGAUUUAACAGACGAAAUUGCCAAGAAAGUCACUGGACCCGGUCGGGUCCCCUACUUGACCCGGUCGGGUCAGAUGUAACCCGGGACAAAACGGCGUGCGAAGAUCACCAGAACGUGGCAAAUAUUUGAUUUUGACUGAUACCCGGUCGGGUAUGGCACUUUACCCGGUCGGGUAUUCGCCCCAGGGUGUUGAAAACACCUAUAAAUAGCAUACUUUUCCUUCACUUUUAAUAAUUCCUUCUUCCAUACUCUUAAGCUCAGUUUAGAAUUGUAAGGAAUAAUUGUAUUUAGAUUUUGAUGAUGCUAUAUUAAUUAGGACUGUAGAGUACCCCUUUAGAAAUUAUGUAUUAGAAUUUUCCCUUGUAAAGUUCUUAGCAUUUUCGACCACCAGAAGGCCUCUCUACCAGAAGUCCUCCAGACAGAAGAUCUUGGUUCUCUGUCUAGGAACAGAAAACGUCAGGGUCUCUGUUACCCUUUAGCGUGACGGAAACCCUCCUGGUCCUCUGUAAGCUACCAACAACAGAAGUGCUCAUGAUCUUCCCAGAAUCAGUUCUCUGCCAAUGACACCAGAAGGUCUGACACUUGGAAGAAAUCCACAAAGCCGGGAAGUCAACUUAAAGAUUCCUUCAACGGCUAGGAGUAUGAAACGGAAAAGCUACAGUGCUCGCAUUAAAUGCUUAUUUAAUGCUCCCCAUGCUCCGUGGAGUAAUUGCAGAUGAUUGGCCGCAAUGUCAGGAUUACUUUAUCCCGAAAUAGUAACCCGCCAACUUUACCGGGUCCUACUGGUCAAGUCAACUGCUCGCGCAUUAAAUGCAGUUGUCCUCCUACCCCUCCAACGGGAAGACAACCUCAGUAUAAAAGAUACACUAUGAAGAACAACCGGAUAACUUUGCCAUAACUUUGCUAUCACAUUGCUAACCAAGCAAGAUAUUCAAACUUUGAAAAGCAAAAGCCUCCUUGAGAUUCAAACUCAUUACCCUCUACAAGAGAAGGCAGAAGUUGGAAAAAUACUCUUUCCAACUCAAGCAAAGUUCCAAGUGUUCUUCAACUCUUCAAGCUCCUCACAUACAUAUAUUUUGUAACGAAGCUAGUUGGAGGAACCUCAGUUUCAACAGAAACUCUUCUUGCUACAAGAAGGACGUCCUAAUAACUGAAGUAGUGAAGUGGUGAUACUUCAAGGAGACUCAGUGAAAGGACCAGUGUUAAAGGAAGCCAGACAGUGCAUCCCAGGACACAUCUAGGCUUGAAGAAGACGUGGAGUGCUUCUUAAGUGCUAGGACUAAGGCUUUGUAAACGGCAGUUUUUACAGCUUAGUGGAACAGUGGAUUAGAGGAACGAGUUGUUCCUUGAACCACUAUAAAAAUCCCUGGUGUCGUUUACUUACUGCUUUUAAUACUUGCAUUUAGUUAGAACUAUAUAACUCCUUGAACUUGGUAUCUGUGUUCAGCAGAACUUGUUCUACGAGUUAACAGAAGGCCUACUGCCUUUGCUCCUCUGAGGCUAACAGAACUCCCUACCAGAACCCCAUCCGCUGCCAGUCUGUUCCUUCAACAGAACAGGCUAUUCUGUAAAUCUGGUACUUAGUUUAAAAAGCUAAAAACCAAUACAGUCUAUUCACCCCCACCUCUAGACUGUAUCCAGUAUAACCGGGACCAACAAGUGGUAUCAGAGCCUCCUUGUUCUAAUAAUCUUUUAGGUUAUUUGUUGAACAAAGAUCCACUUGUUUCUCUGUUUUACUUCAUUUCUAUCUGAUAUAAUGGAUCACUCCCUGUCCAAGAAUCUUAUGUUUUCAGAUCUUAAGUUUGAUGACUGGAGGAUCCGGAUGAAAGCACAUCUCUGUGCCCUGCAUGAUGAGAUGUGGGAAGUUCUUGAUAUUGGCCCCUUCACUAGCUUCCAGAAGGUCAACCCUGAACAUGCCAUAGACAAUACCAGACCCCAAAUGAUUAGCAAAGCCAAGUCAGAAUGGACCACUGAAGAGAGGAGAAAGUACAAUCUAGACAAUAUUGCCAAGGACAUCCUCUACAAGUCCAUUGAUGAUAGAUACUUCAACAGAAUCAAGAAGUGCAAGACUGCUAAGGAGAUCUGGGAUACUCUUGAGCUCAUUGGAGCUGGUGAUGAGCAAGAGAAGGACAACAAACUAACCAUAGCCAACAAGAAGUUUGAUGACUUCAAACUUCUCCCUGGUGAAAGCAUCUCCAAGAUGUAUGACAGGCUCCUCACUCUCACUGGAGAGAUUUCUGAGCUUGGCAAGGAUCUCACAACCAAGGAGAUCAACCUGAAGGUGUUGAGGGGACUGCCCUCAGCAUGGAAGAUGAAAGUAGUUGCUGUCCAAGCCAGCAAGGAUGUAAAGACUUAUCCCACUGAUAAGCUCAUUUCAGAUCUGAAAGCUCAUGAGUUUGAAAUGAUUGAAGAAAAAGGAAGAUGUACCAGAAGAGAGGACCACUACAGCCCUCACUGCCAGCACAUCUAAGGUAAAUGAUUUUGACCCUUCAGUACUUUUAUCUGAUGAAUAUAUGGCUGCCUUUGCCAGGAGAUUCAAAAAGUUUAUGAAGAAUCCCAAAAAUGGAAGAAGUCCAUCUUUCAACAGAAAGCCAUACCAAAAGGUCAAAUCAACAGAAAGCAGUGGAGAGCUUCUCUGUUACAAUUGCAGACAACCUGGUCACUUCAAGGCUGAUUGUCCCCAUCCUAGAGUGUCCAAGAAGCAAGGACAGGAUGGAGAAAAGAAGAAGUACGAGGACAACUCCAGAAGGAGAAAGGCACUUGUGACAGAACAGGUGGAGAAAGACCCUCUGUCAGAAACAGAAUCCAGUUCUGACUCAGAUUCUGAUGAGGCCUUCUGUUGCCUUGAUACUGAGACAGAAGACCUUUGCCUGAUGGCUCAUUCUGAUGAUGAGGUAACCUCUACUUCUGAAUCUAGUUUUUCUUCGGUAGGCUUAGCUUUUGAUUCUGAUUCAAUGUCAGAAUUUUGGGAAGAGUUUAAGGCCAUACAAGCCACUUAUUCUUCUGUAACAGAAGAAAACAGUAAGUUAAAAGCUGAAAUUCUUGACUUAAAAAAGGAGGUUGAGAUCAAAAUCAAUCUUCUAAUUGAGAAAAGAGAUCAACUGGAGACUAAAAAUGUUUCUCUUCUUAAGAGAAUAAGAGAAAUAGAGCCUCUCGAAAUUAAGUACAAAGCUUACCAGAAGGCCCAGUCUUCCAUGGAAAAGAUUGUGCUUGAUCAACAUAUUGGCACUGGUUUUGGUCUUGGUUAUGGCUCAACAGAAUCAGGUGAGCCUUCUGUAAUGCCUAGCACCAGAGUUGCUAAGGCAGAUAAGGUCAUAGAGCCACUGAUUUCUAGCCCCAUCUGUCAAGCUGGUGUAUCUGGCACCAAGGUUGUUAAUGAGGAAGUCAGACCAGAAAAGGGUAAGAUAAAGGUUCAACAGAAUCCCUUUUUGAAAAAUAAUGAACCUGGCAGAAAACCUAACAACAGAAGAGGUUUUCAGAAUAACAAAAAUAAAAGACCAUUCAUUGACAGACAACCUCAUGUCAAUCGUGCUAGAGAUGAUCACCAGAAGGGCAAAUAUCAAGAGAGAGUUAACUUCAGGAAGAAGAGGUUGGCUGGUCAACUUCAGAAGCCCAAAGUUAACCGUCCCUCCGCUCUUGAUAGUAUAUGGGACUUCUUUCCAACAAAGAAAGCUAUGCAAAAGUAUGUAAACAGGAAGCAUGACCCUCACAAGCAUCUGCCCAAAGUGAAUCACACUUCUGUCUACUACAACUACCAGGUGGACAAUGGGUACCACCCACCAAGGUUUCACUUGAUGAGACCAAAAUGGUACCAACUACCCAGACUCCAUGACCCCUCAGGACCCAUCAUUGCUUGGGUACCUAAAUCUUUCUUUUGAUCUUGCAGGAACUGUGUGCUGGAGCUAUCUCUGAACAAGAAUGGUUUAUUGAUAGUGGAUGCUCCAGGCACAUGACAGGUGACAGAAGUUGCCUAACAGAGUUCCAGAAAUGCAAAGGACCUAGAGUUACCUUUGGAGGUAAUGACAAAGAAGGUCAAACAAAAGGAAGAGGAAAGUUGAUUAAGAACCAGAUAAUCAUUGAUGAUGUCUCAUAUGUCAAAGGACUGAAGUUCAACUUGCUGAGUGCUAGCCAAUUCUGUGACAAAGGCUACACUGUUGAAUUCACAAAGGACUUCUGCUAUGUGAAACAUGAGACAACAAAGGAAGUGGUUCUUACAGCAUCAAGGAAAAAGAACAUCUAUGUAGUUGAUUGGAACACUGCAAAAGAUGGAGUUUGCCUGAUAGCCAAGGGAGAUCCAAAACUGAGCUGGGACUGGCACAAAAAGCUCAACCAUUUGAAUUUCAAAACAAUCAACAAACUAGCAAGGGAACACAUUGUAGAAGGGCUACCAGACAUUGUGUACAAGAGGGAGACCCUCUGCAGUGCAUGUCAGAAAGGCAAACAAGUGAAGAAUUCCUUCAAACCCAUUGCUGGAGAUCUUUCUACAAGUCCUCUAAAUCUGAUUCACAUGGAUUUAUUUGGACCUGUUGAGACUCCAAGCGUUGGUGGCAAGAAAUACACCCUAGUCAUGGUUGAUGACUACUCCAGAUACACAUGGACUGUUUUUCUGACAAAGAAAAAUGAAACUCUUCAGAAGUUGCCAUCUCUGCUAAAGCAACUUCAGACUGAGAAGAACUUGAAAGUGAAGACAAUCAGAUCAGACAGAGGAACUGAAUUUGUCAACCAAGUCAUAAAGGACUUCUGUGAUCAGAAUGGAACUUUUCAUCAACUUUCUGCCGCCAGAACCCCUCAACAGAAUGGCGUAGCAGAAAGAAGGAACAGAACGUUAAAAGAAGCUGCAAGAACAAUGAUUGCAGAAUCUGGAUUGCCUAUGAGAUAUUGGGCUGAAGCAAUCAACACUGCAUGCUAUACUCAGAACAGAAGCAUGAUCAACAAGAAUCACCAGAAGACCCCUUAUGAACUCUGGAAGGGAAGAAAACCGAACAUCAGCUACUUUCAUGUAUUUGGAUGCAAGUGCUACAUUCUCAACAAUGGAAAGGAGCAUCUGAAAGUAUUUCAAGAAAAGGCUGAUGAAGGAGUCUUUAUAGGCUAUUCAAACACCAGUAAAGCCUAUAGAGUACUCAACAGAAGAACCCUACAUGUUGAAGAAUCCAUACAUGUGAAGUUUGAUGAAAGCGUCUCUGUUGAAGAGGUAACAGAGAUUCUCAAGGAUGUCAGCUUAGAAGACAGAACAUCAGAACCAACAGAAGAGGUGGCAGACAACCCUGCAUUUCCAACACCUGCACCAAACCCCCUUCUGUUGAAUGAAGAUGAAGACUCUGAAGAUGAGGAACCAGAGAGACCAAGACAGCAGCUGACAGAACCAGAUCUGACAUGGUUAAGAGAUCAUCCUCCUAACCAAGUGAUUGGUCAAAUCAGAAGUGGAGUUCAAACCAGAUCCACAUCAAGGACAGAAGCAAUGCUUGCCUGCUAUAUAUCUCAGAUGGAACAUGACAGUUGAAGAAGCUCUUGCAGACUCAGAUUGGAUCAAUGUUAUGCAAGAAGAGCUCACUCAGUUUGAAAGGAACAAAGUAUGGGAACUUGUUCCUAGGCCAAAGCACCAGAAUGUCAUUGGAACCAAAUGGGUAUUCAAGAACAAAGCAGAUGAAGACGGCAACAUUGUAAGGAACAAAGCAAGGCUAGUAGCUAAAGGAUACUGCCAAGAAGAAGGAAUAGAUUUUGAUGAGACCUUUGCACCAGUUGCCAGACUUGAAGCCAUCAAAAUCUUUCUAGCCUAUGCUGCCUACAACAACAUCAAGGUCUACCAAAUGGAUGUCAAGAGUGCAUUUCUGAAUGGAGAUCUUGAAGAAGAAGUUUAUGUGGAACAACCACCAGGUUUUGUCAUUCCUACUCAAUCUUCUUGUGUCUACAAGCUUAAAAAGGCCCUCUAUGGUCUUAAGCAAGCUCCCAGAGCCUGGUAUGACACAUUGUCCCUUUUCCUAGUAAACCAUGGGUUUACUAAAGGAAAGGUUGACAAAACUCUAUUUCAAAUCUCUGUUGCUAAUCAUAUUCUGUUAGUACAAAUAUAUGUUGAUGACAUUAUAUUUGGAAGUACUAAUUCAGAACUGUGCAAGAAAUUUUCUCAAGUGAUGCAUAGUCAAUUUGAAAUGAGUAUGAUGGGUGAACUCAGUUACUUCCUAGGACUUCAAGUCAAACAAGUUCCAGAAGGGAUCUUUAUCAAUCAAGGGAAGUACACCAGAGAUCUAAUCAAGAAGUUUGGAGUGGAAGGCAAAUCAUCAGUGAAGAUUCCCAUUAACACUUCACAAGGGAUUGGUCCAGAUGAUGAAGGAAAAGAUGUAGAUGCAACAACAUACAGAGGGAUCAUUGGAUCUCUGUUGUAUCUAACUGCAAGCAGACCAGACAUCUCAUUCUCUGUUGGAAUCUGUGCCAGCUACCAGUCAAAGCCCAAGGAAAGCCAUCUAAGUGCUGCAAAGAGAAUCAUCAGAUACAUCAAAGGAAAUCCCAAUGCAGGCCUAUGGUAUCCCAAGGGAGGUAACUUUGAACUAAUUGGUUACUCUGACUCAGAUUUUGCAGGUUGCAGACUAGACAGAAAGAGCACCUCUGGUCACUGCCAAUUGCUAGGAGGAAGGCUUGUUUCCUGGUUUAGCAAGAAGCAAAACUCCAUCUCAACAAGUACAGCUGAGGCAGAGUAUAUUGCAGCUGGGAGUUGCUGUGCUCAGCUACUCUGGAUGAAGCAACAACUGAAAGACUAUGGAAUUCAAGCAAAGGAGAUCAAGCUGUUGUGUGACAACACCAGUGCCAUUGCUAUCACUCAGAAUCCAGUUCUUCAUUCCAGAACAAAGCAUAUUGAGAUCAGACAUCACUUCAUCAGAGAUCAUGUGGAGAAGAAGCACAUCUGCAUGGAACAUGUGCCAACAGAAGACCAACUUGCAGAUAUCCUGACAAAGCCUCUCCCUGAGGCUAGGUUCAAUAAACUGAGAGAAGAAUUGGGAAUGAUGGAUGAGAUUCCAAGGGUAAGUUGAAAAGGAAGGCCCUCUGUCGCUGAUUUCCUGUUAAUAGAACACCUUUUGCAGAACCCCUUCUGUGAACCCCUUCUGUUAACCUCUUCUGUCAACCCCUUCUGGUCCUCACCAUGGCAGAACCCCUCAGCAACAGAAAACCUCCUCUUCUACAGAAAAAUCCUCAGAAGGUUGUGGACUUAAAAAUUUUCUGAAACCGGGUACCUUAGUAAAUUAUUAAAGGUCUUUUACCCUUUUACCCUUAAAACGGUAUCAAGCCGUAUAAUAUUUACUGCGCCCCCGUUUAUUUACUCCGUCCCUUUUUACAUUUAUUGGUUUCUUGGAACCAUAAAUUAAUUCCAAACGUCCACUAACCCAAACACAUAAAUUCCCCUUUCGCAAACCUAAACCGCUACUGCUCUCACUACUUUCAAACUCUCAAACCUCCAUAGCUCUCAAGCUUUCUGCAACUCUUCUCUGAACAAAUGGCUUUCAUCAACAUCAACGACCUCACCAAGGAGGAAAUCAACACCCUCGUUUCAAAUAUCUACACAGGGAUGAACUGCGACCUCUCCGCACUCCCUGAACUCGCCUCUAACCACGACACGAUGAUGAAGAUCAUCAAGGGAAUGGAGGACUCCCAACUGAACAAAGUGGUAGGUUAUCACUUUGAAUCCUACAGUACAAGGGAUGUAGCAGAGUUUUAUCUCAACGCUACAUACGAAGGGGAGACCAUCCGGUCUAACGUCAAUGGUGAAGACAUUACACUCACCUCUGCAGACCUCAAUGCCCUCUUUGGCGUAGUAGAGGACCCACAAGAAGAAGAAACUGAAGGCUUCCUCACUCUGGACAGUGUCAAUGUCACUGUGGACAACUUUGUCCAACUCUACUGCCGACCUGAAGUGGGUAGAGUUCCAAAACUUUACAUGAAGAAAAAUCUUCUCCUGAGCGACUAUGAAAAACUGGUCAACAUCCUGCAUAGGUGCGUCUGGAGCAAGAGCACCUCCACAGAUGACAUGAAUGCGCUGAAUGCAAAGGCUGUCUUUGCAGUUCAUCAUGGGAUGAACAUCAACUGGGGACAAGUAAUUAUCAAAUCCCUUGUUGAGUUCAUCAAGAAGAAAGACAAGGAGACCGGUCUUUUCAGAACCCCCAUGGGUUAUGGUCUCCUCAUCUCUGAAAUCCUGCUCACAGCGAGGAUAGGACUGAGAAACUCUGUUGAGGUAGACUACACCAAGCUGCUCUUCCUCAACACUUCAAGUGACAGGAAGGUUGCUCUCAAGGCAGAGCAGAAAAGACUCAGAACCCUUGAGUUCAAUAGGGAAAGGCAACAACAGAAGGUUGUUCAACCCAAGAAAGUUUCAAAGAAGCAACAGAAACCCCCUACCCCUUCUGACUCUGAAGAAGAAAUACCUUUGGUGAAGAAGGUGGUCAAGAAGGUUCCCAAGAAAAAGACCACACCUGUCAAAGUCCACAAGCUGGUGGCAAAGAAAUCUGUCCUUAAGAGAAAGGCUCCUUCACCUAUCUCUUCAGCAAGCACCUCUUCUGCCUCCCCCAUUGCUAAGAAGACCAAAAUUCUGACUCCUGCAGCACAGGAGAAGCUGGAGGACUCUGUCACCUCUGCCCCAGCCAACAGAAAUGCUUGGCACGGCAAGAGGAUCAUCUUUGAGUCAAGUGACUCAGAAGAAGAAGCAGUUGUGAAGAAUGCCACUUCUCAGGGGGAACUACAUUCGUCUCCUCCUGCCUCUGAAAAUGAUCAACCUAUGGUGGUUCCUUCACCAGAACACCAAGAAGGAAGCAGUACUUCUAGCCCUGAUAGGAAAUUCAUCAGGAUUCUGGCAUGGAGAAAGUGGAGAGUGGGACCUCUCACUGAGCUCCUCAAAAACUUGUCCUACUUCAUCUCUGAAGAAGAAGAAGUACCCAGAUGGGCUGACACAGAAGAUGUGGAGUCCUGUCUAAACAAGGAUUUCCUUCUUUCUGUCCUACAGAAGAAGAAGGAGAAACUUCAAGGCAAAGCACCUCUGGUCAGAAACUCACCAGAAGACCAUGUGAAGGCUCUUCAAGAGCAUGAGAUGGACGCCUUUGAUGCUUGGUUAGUUGAGAAGAAGAGGAAGGAGUCACUGAUCAAGUUUCGACACAGUGCACAUGGGGAAGGUGAACCCUCUACUGUCAAUGACCUACCUCUGGUCAUGGAAAAACUUAUCAAAGAAUGGAGAGACUCUCUGUUCACUGAAACUGUCUUAGAGGUAAUUCCCACAAUCAUUCCUUCUCCCCCUCCCUCUCCUAAAAUCACUUCACCCCAACCCCAACAGAAAUCCCCCUCACUCCAACAGAAAACCAUCUCUGCACAGAACACCCCUUCACACCAGAAAACCUCCACCCCCAAAUCUUCAUCUCCUUCACACUGCAAACCGUUCUCUCCUCCCAAGAACAAAUCACCGUCCCCUCAAGGACAAAUUAUCCCUUACCGACACCAACAGAUCAUCUCCUCUACAACUUCACCCCAACAGAAAACCUCCUCACCAAAAACAAAAAAUCCAUCUCCCUGCAAAUCCCAACCCUCAAUCAGAUCUAGGUCACCGUCACCUCCACCCUCUCUUCCACCACAACAGCAUGCUCCCUCACAACAACAUCAAAACCCCUCCAUCAAGACAUCCAGAACUGCUUCUCCACAGCCUACACCACAAGAUGCAGCCACACCUAUCUCCCCUCAACACUCUGUGGCUUCCACCCCCAUCAGAAAACCUAUCUUCAGGGUGCCCUCCUCUUCCAGUGACAAUGAUGGAUUUCUUACAUCCUCCAUUGCUGCUGAUGAAACUUCCAAGAGGAGGAAGACCCCUCCUCAGCAUGAAGAACAACCCAGAAGGCCUCCUAUGCCUAAAUCAAGAGGUCUAGGUAUGCCUCAGAAAACCGAAUCCAAAGAAGAUAAGCCCCAAAUCUCCUUCAAUCAGUUUGUCACUGCAGCUGAAGACUUUGGUGGUAAAAUGCUUGAUGGCAUGGAUCAAUUAGCUGAGAUCAACACCAAGCACCAUGAACAUCUCACCUUUGUUCACAAUCAUCUUGAGGAGCUAAACUUCCAUUUCUUGGUGUUGCUCUUGAAGCUUGUUGAUUAUUAAAGUUGUAAGUUAUUUUCUUAACUUCUUUCCUUGAAUAUUAAUUAAUAGUUCUUUCCUUAAUACCAUCUCUAUAUUAGUGUUGGAGAGUGUUGCUAAGAUGACAAUUAGUUAACAUCUCGACAUUAGUUAGAAUGAUAUUUUCUUCCUCUAUAUUAAUGUUGGGGAGUGCUGCUAAGAUGACAAUUAGUUAGCAUCUUGAUAUUAAUUAUAGUAGGAUUCAUUUCCGUUAAUAAUAUUCUUUCUUGAAUAUUACUUAAUUCCUACUCAUAUUUCAUAUUAAUAUUUUGAACAUUACUUAAAGGAUCAACUAGUUUUGUUUCAUAUAUUAAUUAUUACUAGAAAUGAUCAAUGAACCGAUGGUUAAUCGUUGAUGGUUUCACAAGUAAGUAACUUCGGUUUAUUAAUGCACGGUCGUGGUUAAUAAACUUAAGAGAGAUUAAUUUUGUUGGUUAAACCGAAACCGUUGUGUUGAGGUUAUCAAUCUCAAUUGAUUUCAUCAAGGAGUUAGAAAGAUUAAAUGCUACUAUUAAAUCGGUAUAAGGCGUUGUUCUAUAUUUGAUUAAUAGUAAGGGUUGUUAAUGAACGGUUGUUGUUAAUAACUACCCUCGAUGAAGUGGAUAUACUCCCCGAUUGAGUAUUCGAGAGGGAAUAAGUUAUAGACAUAACAACGAUCGACUAAAAUAUAUCAACAGGUGGAAAGUAGCAAUGCCAAGUCCUUUUUAUCUUCGAUUUAAAUCUCAUAUAGGUCGUUCAUCUUAGUUUUUAAUUAAAUUAAAUCACUCAAUCCAAAUCCCCCCUUUAUUUACUAAGUUUCAUAAAAAGAGAACUAUUCCUUUCCUUGUGGAUACGAACUCUACUUCACCUAUACUACGUAUAAGUGUUUAGUAUUGAAUUUAUUUUGAUGCACCGUGACAAAGUGCUCGUCAAAUUUGGCGCCGUUGCUGGGGAAAGGCAAUUAUUUUCUUUUUUUUUAUCUCAUAAUAAUAAUAAUAAAAAAAAAUAUUCACAAAAAAAAAAAUACUCUUCUAUUUUCUGAGCUUACAUGAGUAUAUGGAUACCAACACUUCAUCCUUAGAGAGUCAAAUUUCCUUCUUGACUUCUCUAAUAAAGGAAAUUAUCUUAAGCUCAAAAGCUCAAGAUGCCAAGACAUGCAACAUUUGCAUGUCUUACAGGCAUCUUACGGAUUUCUGCCCAAAACUCCAAGAUGAAUACCUUGAACAAAUUGAUGAUGUUGGUUACGAAAGGGAUGUACCUCACAUGAGGUAUGAGCCGUUCUCCAACUCUAACAUGUCUACAGAAGAUAUGGUCCGGGCUAUUGCUACCAACAUGACCACCAUGCAAAACAACAUGGUGCAAUUCCAAAAUGAGACCAAGUCUAGCAUUUUAAACAUGGAAACUCAAAUGAGUCAAAUAGCCGGAGUCGUGAAUAGGCUUGAAGAAAGGGAUUCCGAAAAACUUCCUUCUCAAAUAGAAUGUGAUCCUAAACAACAAACUUUUGCAAUCACAUUGACAAAUGAAAAGGAAAUGCAAAAGGAGAUCAAGAAUCCAGAAGAAGUGGAAGAAGAAAAAGACACGGAGCUCCAGCUGGUCAAAGAAGAUGAUGAACCGAGUUUCAAAUACCUAUCCUUAUCAUUCUUUGAGGUACCCCCAUCAGUUCUAAAAACUUUGAGGGCAACUCAUAAAAUUGAAAAGGAGAGUGACAUUUUUGAAAUUCUCAGCACAAUUGAGGGAUCCAAACAUUUUCCAUUGACCAUGUUAACCGAUAAUUUCUUUCCCUCACUCCCACCACAUGAAUCAAUGAAAAUCUGGAUAUUUGAUCCUGGAUGGAUUUUCAAAGUGAAGGGUCAGAAAAUCAAGCAUUCCUAUGGAAGCCCUAGGAGUGAAAAUGUGGCGAAGCUAAACUAUCAUGAUCCAAGUUUAAAUGAUUGAACACAAUGAUGGCGUCGUGUCGCGACGUUAAAUAAGGCGCUUCUUGGGAGGCAACCCAUGCAAGGUACGUUUACUUGUGUUAUUUUAUUUUUACACAUUUCAAAAAAAAAUAAUGACCUGGGAUUGAACCCGGCCGGGUAUAAAACCCUACCCGAUCGGGUUAUCUCUUAAAGCACAGCACCCGGCCAACCGCCCGGGCGAGGUAGAUGAAGAACAAAAGAAUGAAACAACAGCCCGACCGGGUAGACCCCUAUACCCGACCGGGCAACCCAGCAAAAAACUCUCUGCCUCGGUGAACAGCUUACAUCCGACCGGGUCAGUCACUAUACCCGGUCGGGUGGUCGGGCAAAAGCCCGAUAAGGGUGCGGGCGGGCAGCUUUUCUUCCCCAUUUUCUUUUCUUCCCAUCCGAACCACACCCCAAAUUUCCUCCAUUUCCAAAAGUCAAAAGCUUCAUAUCUCCUACAUCCAUCCACCAAUUAAACCCAUUUCAUUCAUCACCUCUUCACCCUUUUCAUCUCCACACCCACGAAUCACCAACAAAACCUCCCAAAAAGUAACAAAAAAAAAACAUUCAUCUCAGACACAAGCACUAGGGACAAUGCUUUGAUUAGCUUGGGGGGAGAGUUUUAUGGAAUACUCACAUUCAUACUCUUUAUUCUUGUAAAAAAAUAAAAAAAAAAUAAAAAAAUUAUAAAAGCUUGUUAAGUUGAAAACCCGAAAGGGCAACUUAAGCAAAAAUAAAGCAAAAAUAAGAGUGAGUUGUGAGGAUUAAAACAGAAAAAUGUGGGAAGCUGGGAUGAAAACCCGAAAGGGCACCUAGGCAAAAUGAGAGAACGAGAGAAAGUAUUUUCUUUUAUUUCUGCAGAUCCUAAGGAUAACGAAAAAAAAGGGUUGAGGUUGAUAAAUAAAUAUGGAGUUGAAGACCCUCUUUACUGUUAUAUUUUUGGGGAUAUACUUUAUGUGUUUCUAAAAACACUCGUGGAUGUGUGUGUUGAUAUUCUUGUGUGGGGGUAUUUGAUAUGCACUAAUUAGUAGUGCAUAAAUGUAUAUUUUUAUGAUUGAUUUGUGUGUAUUGUUUACCGUUUUAUUUAGUUUGUAAACAUUUGUGUGAAUUUAGUUGUAAUUGUAUUUUAAUCUUCAUUUAUUAGUUGUAAAGUAGAAUUAGGAAUUAUGGUGUUGGAAAGAAAGACUUUGAAGAGAAGAAAACAAGAAAUUUGACUGCCCAGGAGUAAAACCCGACCGGGUAGAAACCCCCACCCGGUCGGGUAUGAUUUAACAGACGAAAUUGCCAAGAAAGUCACUGGACCCGGUCGGGUCCCCUACUUGACCCGGUCGGGUCAGAUGUAACCCGGGACAAAACGGCGUGCGAAGAUCACCAGAACGUGGCAAAUAUUUGAUUUUGACUGAUACCCGGUCGGGUAUGGCACUUUACCCGGUCGGGUAUUCGCCCCAGGGUGUUGAAAACACCUAUAAAUAGCAUACUUUUCCUUCACUUUUAAUAAUUCCUUCUUCCAUACUCUUAAGCUCAAUUUAGAAUAGCAUUUCUUUAUAUUUUAUAGCAUGAUUAGUCUCCAAAUGAGGAGCUAAACUUCCAUUUCUUGGUGUUGCUCUUGAAGCUUGUUGAUUAUUAAAGUUGUAAGUUAUUUUCUUAACUUCUUUCCUUGAAUAUUAAUUAAUAGUUCUUUCCUUAAUACCAUCUCUAUAUUAGUGUUGGGGAGUGUUGCUAAGAUGACAAUUAGUUAACAUCUCGACAUUAGUUAGAAUGAUAUUUUCUUCCUCUAUAUUAAUGUUGGGGAGUGUUGCUAAGAUGACAAUUAGUUAUCAUCUUGAUAUUAAUUAUAGUAGGAUUCAUUUCCUUUAAUAAUAUUCUUCCUUGAAUAUUAAUUAAUUCCUACUCAUAUUUCAUAUUAAUAUUUUGAACAUUACUUAAAGGAUCAACUAGUUUUGUUUCAUAUAUUAAUUAUUACUAGAAACGAUCAACGAACCGAUGGUUAAUCGUUGAUGGUUUCACAAGUAAGUAACUUCAGUUUAUUAAUGCACGGUCGUGGUUAAUAAACUUAAGAGGGAUUAAUUUUGUUGGUUAAACCGAAACCGUUGUGUUGAGGUUAUCAAUCUCAAUUGAUUUCAUCAAGGAGUUAGAAAGAUUAAAUGCUACUAUUAAAUCGGUAUAAGGCGUUGUUCUAUAUUUGAUUAGUAGUAAGGGUUAUUAAUGAACGGUUGUUGUUAAUAACUACCUCGAUGAAGUGGAUAUACUCGCCGAUUGAGUAUUCGAGAGGGAAUAAGUUAUAGACAUAACAAUGAUCGACUAAAAUAUAUCAACAAGUGGAAAGUAGCAAUGCCAAGUCCUUUUUAUCUUCGAUUUAAAUCUCAUAUAGGUCGUUCAUCUUAGUUUUUAAUUAAAUUAAAUCACUCAAUCCAAAUCCCCCGUUUAUUUACUAAGUUUCAUAAAAAGAGAACUAUUCCUUUCCGUGUGGAUACAAACUCUACUUUACCUAUACUACGUAUAAGUGUUUAGUAUUGAAUUUAUUUUGACGUACCGUGACAAAGUGCUCGUCAUCUACAAACGAUCUUACAACGGCACACUACUCUGAUGCCUUCAUCAAGACGAAGCCGAAGUCGCCAUGGAGGAAGUGCACAGUGGCACUUGCUCAGCUCACCAGGGACUCUUCUCCAUGUCCCGAAGGCUCAUAGUCCAAGACUACUUCUGGCCUACAAUGGCCCGAGAUUGUGCGGAUCUCGCCCGAAGGUGUACCGCCUAUCAACACUUCCAGAAGGCCCCCGGCAGGCCAGCGGUCAACUAUGCCCCCAUCAACACAUCUAUACCCUUCGCUAGAUGGGGCAUAGACCUUGUGGGCCCUCUGUCGAGGGGUACCUCCAACAACAGGUACAUUAUCGUUGUCAUUGACUACUUCACCAAAUAAGUGGAGGCUGAGCCCCUCGCCAGCAUCACCGAAGCCAGAUGCCGCCACUUUAUCCUCAAAAAUAUCCUCACAAGGUUCGGUGUCCCUCAGCAAAUCAUCUCCGACAACGGGACUCAAUUUGAGGUAGCCCCCUUCUAUGCCCUCCUUGAGGCAUGGGGCAUUAAACAUACCUUCUGAUCCGUUGCUUACCCUCAAGGCAACGGUCAAGUGGAGAACGUCAACCGGACAUUACUUGAGGGCCUAAAAAAGAAGCUGGAUGCCGAAGGUGGAGGCUGGGUGGAAGAACUCCACAUCAUCCUAUGGGCUUACCGCACCACCCCUCGGCGGGCAACAGGUGAAACACCCUUCUCCCUGUGCUAUGGAUUUGAGGCUAAAGCUCCCACUGAAGUGACCCUUCCUACCCGAAGGGUGGCCUAAUAUGAUCCGGAAGUUAAUGAUGCCAACAUGGCCCUCGACCUUCACCUCAUUUCAGAACGCCGAGAACAAGCCUUCAUACAAGCGGAAAACUACUGAAGGCAAGUCAAAAGCUACAUCGACGCCAAGGUCCGCUCUCGAGAAUUCCAAGUGGGGGAUUACGUCCUCCAAUGGAGGGAAGCUAGCCAACCAAGUGAGGGUGGCAAGAUGGCACCUAAGUUUGAGGGUCCCUACAUCGUAGCAGCCAUUAUCAAACCUGGGACUUACAAACUCAAAUGCCCCAAUGGGACAGAGGUCUCUAGACAUUGGAAUGUACAUCACCUAGUUAAAUUUUAUCAGUAAUAUUAGAGCGGACAAGCCCUCAUAACUAAUGAAUGUAUUAUCCUACGGCCCAAGGCCUUCAAAUUUUAAGACAUAUUGAAGACACCAAGAACAAGAAACAAGACACAUGUGAGCUGUCAAGCCCUCAUGCAGACUAUUGGCCCAAGGCCUUAUCACAAGCAAAACCGUUCGGCACCAAGUGCCGAGGGUAGACACUCCAAUCACCUACGGAAAAUGAAGGAAACACCAAGUGUUUUUAAGAAGACCCCUCGGUACCAAGUACCGGGGACCGUACUCCUAUCAACUCCAGGCAGAGGAAAACACCAAGUGUUUCCUUUGAAGACCCCUCGGUACCAAGUACCGGGGGCCGUAUGCCGAAACAAACACCAAGUGUUAGUCGUACCCCUCGAGGACGCAUUUAUACCGAAGGCGUCACCUAUCGGUGCCGGCGGCACGUAGUGCCCCCGGCCAUUUGCAACCCAUGUGCAAAUGAAAAUCUUUCCUUGAAACGCUUUCCGCGUCAUUACCCCAAGUGAAUGACAUGCAACUAAUAUGCCCAGGAUUCGACUUUCAAAAACGGAACGCUUUCCGCGCCAUUGCCCCAAGGGAGUGGCAGGCAUCUAAUAUGCCCAGGAUUCGACUUCCAAAACGAAACGCUCCCCGCACUAUUACCCCAAGGGUAUGGCAGGCCACAGACUAUGUCUCGCGCCGAGAUGACGACUUUCAAAACUGAGGCGCUUUCCGUGCCGUCCCCCAAGGGGAGGCAGGCUACAGACUAUGUCUUAUGCCGAGGAAACGACCCUCGAUCCCCUCGACUCCCGAUAGGCCAAGCCUUACCAAGAAACCAAGUUUCUUGAAGCCUUCCCUUCACUACCAAAAAAAAGGUGAAGGGGAGUAGACUCAACGAGCAAUCAAUGAGUACACAACUCCAACAAUCCACGACGGAACACCCUUCGGCAAACAGGAAGAAGGGUUGUUACAAAACAGAAAGGUCAUACCGAGGCCUCCCCAUGGGAACACCUCAGAUACCUGGGAGCUACUAAUUCCAGAAGGCUGCUAUUCAACAAAUGCUACCGAAAAUUGGCUAAGUCCACUCAACAACGACUCAAGGGAUACUGAAGGCAUCCACUUUCCAUCCGCCCUUACUACAACAUGAAUGUCUUACAAAAUUUUCCUAAGUCCACAUUUUGGAGCCCACUAUGGCCGAGGGUGCCUGCUACACGAUACCGAAGGCAAGUACCCACUGACAUGAUCUUGAAUUUCCUAAGUCCAAGUCCUAGCAACCCCCGGCGCUACAAUCAACACCAGAGGCUAGUACUCACAGGGCUCAUUUACCGAAGGCCAAGUGACAAGUGACAACUGGAAAAAAAAUCUAAGUCCUAAAUAUUUGGCUCUCGGUCAAAUCUCCAUGCAGCCAGAUGGGUCACACAACCGAAGGCACAGUGGUGAAACUACAAUUGGAAAAAAUUUCUAAGUCCUAAAUAUUUGGCCCUCGGUCAAAUCUCCAUGCACCCAGAGGGUCACACAACCGAAGGCUCAAUGGUGAAACUACAAUUGGAAAAAUUUUCUAAGUCCUAAAUAUUUGGCCCUCGGUCAAAUCUCCAUGUAGCCAGAGGGGUCACACAACUGAAGGCUCAGUGGUGAAAUUACAAUUGGAAAAAUUUUCUAAGUCCUAAAUAUUUGACCCUCGGUCAAAUCUCCAUGCAGCCAGAGGGGUCACACAACCAAAGGCUCAGUGGUAAAACCACGCUCAAGGAUUUUCUAAGCCCUGAACAAGAAGCCCCCGGCCAUCAGUGGGGUAGGGCUCACAACUUACAUAACAAAAGGCAUACAAAAGAGAAUGACAACCGAAGGCAAAAGCUGUGAAUAGACACUUAGAAAAAAAAAUCUAAGUUCUAAACGACUGACAACUUAAACAUUAAAGUACGAGGACAUUCAUUCACAAGACAAAUUCGAAGGCAUUCAUUUCACAAAGAAAAAACAAAGGCACUUAUCGAAAGAAAAGCAAUGUCAUACAUCGCCAAGCCUGAAGGCACCCAUGCAUUCAUUCACAAGAAAUGAAAGAGUAACGUGUUUGGAUUACAAAAGAUGGUCGAGGCCGAAAGAUACAGAAAUAUCCAUUACAACAAAUUGUUCAGAAUAUACAACAACAAGAUUAUCAUCCAACUACGGCAGCACCCCCCUCAGCAGGCUUCGACGUGGCGUCAUCCCCGGCCUCUUCCUCUUCAUCGCUGCACUCCGCCAUCAAGACGGUGUCCUCAAGAUCUGGCCUCAUAGCACCCUCGGGAAGGGGAAUUCUGGUGUCUGGCUGGAGAGGGGGGAGCCCAUAAGCCGCCGGAUCAAAUGCUGUCGGGUCUGUUCCCAGGUGUCUGGCUAGCCUCCGAUAGAUGAGGGCCUGAGUAAAGUACUCGCCCCCAUCGUAGUACUCCUUCCCCUUCUGGACCAGCCACAUCGCCCCGGGGCCUCUUACCCACUCGUCUACAGAGGCCUCAACUACCGAAGCCACCCAUGCUUUCUGGGUCUCGGCUUUCCAGCCCUCGCCGACGAAGGCGGCCACCGCUUCCCUCACCGCCUCCCUCUUGGCGACCUCGGCGUCUUCAUUGGUCUUCUUAGCGGCCUCAGCAGCUGCCUUCUCAGCCUCAGCUCUCCCCUCGGCCUUUUCCACUGUCUUGGCGUUAUCAAGAAUUUUUUUGAGGGCCGCCCUCUCGACUUUGAAAGCUUCCUCGGCCUCCCGAAGCCUCCUUUGGUCCACAACAAAGGCUUCGUCAUCCUUCUGCUUCUGAAGGGCAUAACGCUCCAUCCUCUAGGUGAGUUCACCGAGGCCAAGGCUUUCCUGCAAGGGGGAUCAGGAAAUAUCGAAGGUUAAAAUCACUACGCACGAAGAUGUUGAGUCUAAGUUGACUAAAGAAAAAGAGAGAAGGGAACUUACAGCGACCGAGGCCUGAAGGACCUUGGAGCAGAGGGCAUCGUCAGCCUGUCGGGAGAGCACAGACUUAUCAGUCGGAGGGGCGGCGCCCCUCAUGAACUCCCUCGGGUUCAAAGUCGUGUGCAUGAUGGCAGUCCCCUUGGUGAUGGAGAACUGCACAUUGUCUUGGGGCCACGACAUGCCAGCAACCAUAGCCGAGGGCUCCGAGGGUUGUUCAUCAACAAUGACAACGGGGGCCUCUUUCAUCCUGACGGCCCCUUUCUUUUGCUUCUUCUCCUCCAGGGGCACCACGCCCUUCCCGGCUCUUUUCCUCUUAAGCUCCCCAAGGCGAGAGCCUCUAGCAUCAGAACCGACAUCAUCGCGGGCAGAAGCCUUCACCUCAGGCACUACCUCCUUGGCCCCGUCGGCAGUUCCCACCUUCGGGAAGAUGUCAUCCACCGCCCUCUGCUGAGCCGAGGCAUCCUUAUUCUUGUUCUCAUUCGCAAGUUGCUUCUUCAGUUUGGAGAGGUUCCUAGCGUCCAUAUCUGGUCCUGAAAAACAAGGAAGGCACACAAGGGUUAGAAUACUACUACAACAAAGCAAAAAAAAAUUGCUAAGUACACAAGCUAAUGCCCUCGGUAGUGCUACCACCUUCGGCGCUCUCAUAUACACGAUCGAUCUCGGGGUAAUUUUCGGCCUCCUCCCCCAUGAGCCGAUACCGACGGAAGCCGAGCUUGUACGACUCGUCCGGAAGGGUGGCAUCCUUGAUCUUGGUAUCCUUCAAGGCGGCGCUCCCUACCUUUGCAUGCCUUCGGAAGCUAUCACGGAGUGGGGCCGGGAAGGGAUUCUCCGCCAUUCGGACAUAACAGAACUUGUCUUUCCACCCCUUGUGAGACGAGGGGACAUCGUUAAAAAAGCCUGAAUUCGGGGAGCUGCUGCAGGUUGACGAAGCCCUGUGCAUUUGAGUGACGUCCCCGGCAGAGGUUGAAGGAGAGGAAGAAUUGAUCUAGAGUGGGCUCCACAUCCCUGCUUCAGCAAAGGGAAAGGAAGCCAGCCAAGUAGGAAUGGCUGUUCGGGGUCAGUUGGCAGGGGGCGAGUUUGACGAACCGAAGGUACUCGAUCACGAAGGGGUGGAGGGGGAAUCAGAGGCCCAACUCCACCGAGAGUAUGUGCACGGAAAAAUAGCCAACGGGGGCAUAUAACAGAACGUCAUCUGGCCCCGGCUCCACCACCUGUGCCGAGGGCCCGACCAAGAGUUGUGUCGCCAUGUAUUCUCCCCGUGUGGCUCUAGUCUUCACAUCUAAGGCGGCGGUGUUCAGGUAGGAGUAGCCUUCGGGAAUCCCUACUGGUUGACCCGCGUCGACGGCAUCCUGCUUCUUCCUCGGUGCCACCCUCGUCUUCUUCUUUUUACCCGGCGCCACGUUGAUAGGCAUCGGGUCCAGGGGCCUUGAGCUCCCGGCUUCAGCAUCAUUGCAAGGGGGUGGGACAGCGACGGUGACCUUCAUCCUCUCUUUCUGCACCCCCUCCUCGGCCACUUGGUAGGCGAGAGCUAACUCCUCAUCCUCACACUCCUGCUCGAACCCUUCGGCCUCGACUUCGGCGACAAGAUCUUUUUGCACCUCCAUGGCGAGGGCAAAAUCACCACCGGAGGACUGCUCACUUGUGGACUCCACAUCGGAGACGCUUUCCUCCUCAACCGAGGGCUCCCUCAAGAUGUCUUGCGAAUCACUUGCAGACGACAUUUUCGAAAACUAAAGGUCGAAGGUUUAAGACCGAAUGCUUCCUAAACAACUCUAGCACUUAAUCUAAGGCUGGAAAAGUUAAGUAUGCAGUUGAGGUGAGGGACGAAGGAAAACUGACCUUGAGAACUUGGUUUGAUCGAAGGGAACUUUCUCUCUCUAGAAAUAUUUUGCCAGAGCUUCGCUACAAAUGAAAUCGCACAAGGAGUGGAGUUCAGGCCAUGGGGUAUUUAUAGGCUCCCCAAUCCGGGCUUGGGCCGAAACCGGGCCUCCGGUUUAAAAAGUCAUCAUUGCAUGUCGUUGUUUCACCCAACCGGUGACACCCACCCGCAUCUAGCCAACGGGUACACGACACGUGGACAUCACCUCUAACGGUCAUAUUCCAACUGUCACGCCCCGGACCUACCCGGACACGUCAACAACCCGCCGUACAGUACGAAUAGUCAACCGCAGUCCAACUCAUCCAUACUAUACAAGGCGUCUUGAAUACCAUUCACACAUAGUACAUCCAUAAACAAGCAUAAUGUAAAUCAUUCAUUUAAAACAGCGGAAGCAUUUAAUAAAGAUGUCUUAGCCACACUUUGGCAAACAUGGGCAUACAAGCCCCCAAAUAGUUAUUCAAAAAUAGUAUCCAUGAGCAUUGUUAUAAUUGUUUUGAAAACAGGAAACAGAAGAAGCACGAACCAUGUCUUCUCCCUUGGAAAUCCCUGAAGCAACGGGCUUCGGUAACAACCUUCAAGUCCUACCUGAAACUGUGAGGUGGCCUCCCCCGUGAAGGGGAGGUCAGUACUUGGAAAUAUUUGACAAGUACAAUAGCAACUAUACUAAGUAUAAUCAACGUUUUAAUUUCCAAGACCCCCGUCUUAGGGUACUAUUAUAUUAUAGGCCAUAACCCUCGGUUACCCCUUUUUACCUUUAACUGUACUUACUUUACAUAAAGUCAAGUAGACGGCCCGUAGGCCCAUAUUCAUUUAGAAUUCACCGUUCCCAUUCCCCCGUGACCGCGAGUCACGAUAACCCCGUGGGGUCCCAUCGAGCCCCAAUUGUAUAGCAUGGGCUCGGCCCAACUACAUCUCUAUACAAUCCUCUAACUCGAUGUAUCAUAUCAACAUUUGUAUGGCAAGGGCUCGGCCCAACUACGUUUCCAUACCAACCAUAACCUCGUGGCAAGGGCUCGACCCAACUGCGUUUCCACGGAGGUCACAUAUACAUGGCAAGGGCUCGGCCCAACUACGUUUCCAUGCUAAUCAUGUUACAUGGCAUGGGCUCGGCCCAACUACAUCUCCAUGUCAUCCUAGAGUCCAACUCUAUUUAUUUUCAUAAUCAAAUUCUCAAGCAAGUCCUAUGCCUAGAAUCAAUUUCCGGAGGUGGCCUUUAGGCCUACCCCUAAUCAC